CCCCGCGCCCGCGGCUGCAGUGGCUCCUCCGGGGGCGCAGGCGGCGGUGCCGCCCGGCUGCAGCAGCGCCCUGCGCCUCGCCAAGAUGAACCCGCGGCUGCGGCACUGGCGGGAGGCGGCCACGCUGCUGCUGGCGGCGGGCACGCCGGGCCGGCCGCCGCGCUCCCCGCUCGGCCCCUUCGACUACGAGCUGCUGCUGCUGCGCCGGAGCUCCCGCAGCGGCUUCAUGCCCGGCGCCCACGUGUUCCCGGGCGGGCUGGCGGAGCCGGCGGAUUUCUCCGCCGAGUGGCUGAGGCUGCUGCCCGCCUCGCCGCACUGCGGGCUACGUGCCGUGAAACCGCCGCCACCCGGCGGCAGCCGCGCCCCGCUCUUCGCCACCGACCGGGAAAGCCUGGGCUCGCCGCUGCCGGGGGAAGUCGCCUUCCGCAUCUGCGCUCUCAGGGAGACCUUCGAGGAGGCGGGGAUCCUGCUGCUGGUGCCGGGGCGCGGGCCGGCCCCGCCGCUGCCCGCCGAGCGACUGCCGCCCGCCGCCGAGCUCGAGGAGUGGCGGCGCCGGGUGCGGGAGGACGCGUCCUGCUUCCUGCGGCUGUGCCAGCACCUGGGCUGCGCGCCCAACAUCUGGGCGCUGCACGAGUGGAGCAACUGGCUGACGCCCGUGGGCAGGGCCGGCCGCGGCGGCCGCCGGUAUGACACGGCUUUCUUCCUGUGCUGCCUGGAGCAGCGGCCGCCCCACGCCUCGCAGGACGACCAGGAGGUGACAGCCGUCCUGUGGUCAUCACCUCCAGAAGCCAUUGAACGCUUUCAGUCUCAAGAGAUCUGGUUUCCUCCACCGCAGUUUUAUGAAUUCUGUAGGCUGUGCAACUUCUCUUCCCUCGGGGAGUUGCAGAGGUUCAGCUCCGCGCGCGCUCUCGAGGGCUGUGAGCGCUGGAUGCCGGUGAUGCUGAGUGCUCCAGAUGGCUUCAUCCAGCUGCUGCCGGGAGAUGAGUUAUAUCCAGAAGAUCCAGAUUAUACAGGAGAAAAGAAAAUCAGUAUGUCAACAGAUAAGAAGGUUGAAGAUCUCAUGAAAGAGGGUGGUAUAUUUCACAGGAUAGUAAUAAAAAGCAUCAACAAUCUUGCUGUCUAUGUUAAUAUUCAAGCAAAAUAUAAGCAUAUAAAUCCAUUGAUGAUGAAGUGUGAUAAUUCAGAUUACAAUAGCAGAUUAUAAUAUUUCUUUGGUUUAAAUCUAGAAUAAUUUUAAUUACAUUUAUGCUCACUGUGGUUUUGGUGCUUUCUAACUGUUGCCAAAUAGUCAUGAAACUAUUCCUCUGUCCUGCCAAAGCAUUAGGUCUGUGUGUGUGUGUGUGAUGUCACAUCUAUGUGUAUUUAAUUCUUCGAGUCUUUAAAAACAGUUGUGCCACUGUUGGGCCGCAAUUGUCCUAAGUAUAUAUUGUCUUCAGAGCAAGUAUGUUUUGAAUUGAAGAAUUCUUUCAUUAUGCUUUCCAAAGUCACCCAUUAGAUAACUGCAAUGUGUGUGUAGAAAUGAAUGAAAUCUCCCAUUCUAUAUUUGUUGACAUCUCCAGUCUAGUCUCUCUUUUAGCUUGGAGAAAAGCAAUGUAUGUAUAGAUAUAUAGAUAUAUAUAUAUAAAUUAACUAUAAUGCAAUUUUUAAAAUAAUAUUAUAAAGUUAAUUUUUAUAUUUGAUAUAUUUAAAUUCUUUCUACUAAUAGUAAUCAUUCAAAACUUUACAAUUUUCAAAGGUAGACUUAAUUUAAACAAAGUCAUCUAUGGAAUUGAGUGCAUUCUUUUUAUCGUUAUUUUUUUAUCUUCAAGCUGUAAGCAAUUUAAAAAAUAAAAGAGUAUAAUUUUUUAGCUCAAAAAGAUGUCAACAACUUAAAGGAAUGAUACAUCUCCUUGAAACACCCACUUCCAUAUUCUAACAUCCCACUUUUUGCUUCUUAACUACUUUACUAAUACAUCUGAGAUUUAAGAACUUCAUAGGAAAGAUUGCUGCUUAAUUUUUGGUUUGGAUUUUUUGUUUGAUUGGAUUUGUCUUUUCUUUUGUGCAAUAAAUGCAGUCAAUGGAGCAGUUUUAUAAAUUGUUUAUCUGGAAGGAGAAUGAAUGAUGAUUUGAAAUUAGUCAGUAAAGUUGUGCAGAAAGCUUUGUUCCAGCUUUUGUUCUGUGUUUCAAUUAAAACCUUCUGCAUCAAUUCCAUUCAAUUGGUUUGUAGCUCAUUUGGAUUAAAAAAAAAACACCGAAAAAAA